AUGUUGCUAACCGCGAGUGUAGCCUUCUAUCUGGGCAUGGUCUGCACACGGGCCGAAGAAGCAGUUAACUCUUCAAAUAUACCCGAUGUGAUAUAUGAGUUAACAGAUGAAGAAUACUAUGCCAUGCCGAAAUUGUUCUCGCUCGAUGACUACGCGCCAUGCCUGGCCAAAGGAGGGGUGUACUGCGUCGGAAGCUUCGAGCUAUCGGCUCCUCGUGGACAUCGCCUUUUUCAGACGAUGAGAGGAUGGAGCGGAAACUGGAUCGACAAUUACAACCACACGCGGUUGCACCGCGGCCUAUGUCUCUCCGAGCACUGCUCGUCAGAACCGUCAGGUUAUGAUGGGCACAUGGAGAAAUGGUUCGAGUCCUGUGUAAAUUCGAGCACACAAUUGGACUACAACAUAUCCGCGAGACUGUACCAGCUCGACUAUUGUAAACGAGGAGCUGGUGACUUUACGCCGCUUUCCAGCAAUCAGCGAGCCUUCGCCGCGGUGUUCGCGACCCUUAUAGCUCUCGCAGCCAUCAGUACUUGUCUUGAUCUAACACUUAAUGAUCAGGCUAAAAAAGAGUUGAGUUGGGCACUUUGCUGGUCGUUGCCGCGCUCGUGGCGUGCUCUAACAGCGCCAGCACCUAAGAGCAAUUCUGAAGAUCUGCGGACACUGGACGGACUAAGGGCUUUUUGCAUGAUGUCCGUCAUCCUAGAGCACGUGUGCUGGCUCGCAACUCUUUCAUACAUUUCUGACACAAGAGGCAUGGAACAGAUUCGAAGACAACCUGACGUGGUGCUCAUGACAAACAGCACCCUCGUUGUGCAGAUAUUCUUCGUUAUGGCGUCUUUCUUACUCGCCCACAAGCUGCUGAUGCAGAAGAAGCAAACGCCGAUAUGCAGCACUUUCUUUGAGACUAUGAUAAAUAGAAUUAUCAGAAUUAGCCCAAGCCAUUUCCUGGUAAUCUGGUUCGCUUCAUCUUGGUGGGAAAGAUUGGGAGACGGUCCUCUUUGGAAGCCCUUGAUAGAGGGAGAGGCCGCCGUAUGUCGGGGGAAGUGGUGGACCCAUCUGCUCUAUCUCAAUAACGUCAUCUAUCCCAAUGACAAAUGCUUGAUACCUACGUGGUAUCUGGCAGCAGACAUGCAGCUGUACGCACUAGCCUUGAUACUAACAUUAGUUCUGCGUGGACGCCGCGCCGCUAUACCUGUUUUGGCAGCUCUUUUUACAGCUGUGACAGCACUAAAUUUCAUUCUCGCAUAUGUCUGGCAUCUAGUACCUAACUUUGUUGUGCACAGACCAGAAUCUGUGCGAGUGGCUUAUGGUGGUGAGGCAUCAUUCAACGUCCUCUAUCAGUCGCCACUUGGUAACGCGGCAGCAACAUUUGGGGGUCUCUUACUCGCGCAUAUCCACCACAAACUGAAAGAAGACGGGAUACACGUCACCGAAAUGAAGACAUUCCGCUGGCUGUCUAUAUGUGCAGCGCCCGCUGCUGCAUGGUGGGCUGGUCUAUCUCCACUCCUAGCAGGUGGAGGCCUACCACAGAGGCUCUGCUCCGCCGCCUUAGCUGCUUUUGAAAGACCUGUCUUCGUUUUUUUUGUAAUCGUAGCGUUAUUGGGCGCUAUUAAUGGAAUUAAAUCUCCCUGGCGUACUUGGCUAUCGCACAUGGGUAGUACGGUACCUCGGCUGUCAUUCGGCGCUUUGUUGCUGCAUUUGCCGCUCAACAAGGCACUUUUAGCAACAAGGAUCGCGCCUAUACAGCUUGACAGACCGCAUGCGAUUUAUCAGUGGUUCGGUGUAGGUGUAAUCGCCUACGCAGCAGCAGUUCCACUCGCCUUGUUAAUAGAGUUUCCGACACAAGCGCUAUACAGAGAACUACGGCGUGCACGAAGCGCCCAAAAGCCGACAACAGACCCGACACAGGAAAAAUUGGAUAAGACUGCUCACACUUGA